CUAUUAUCAACAGUCGUCACUUAGCAUCAUCAAACAACAUCCCUUCUCUCCUUUUCCCUCACUCACUCACUCACUCUCUCUCUCUCUCUCUCUCUCACUCAAAGUAAGGUUUUUUUCUCCCUUUCUCCUUUUUAUUCCUCUCUACUUCAUUCAUCUUUGUAAAACUCUCGAAUUGGUCUCAGUAGCAGUUUUAGCUUCAUGGAGUGUGAUACAUGUGUUUUUAUAUACUAAUAAGGCUAACCCUAACAACAUCAUUUCCCCAAAUUGAAAAGCUAGGUUUUAUUUUUUAUUUUUUUAAUCUUUCAACUUAGAUGGAGAUAAUCAGCAACAACGCCACCACCACCAUAACCAACCCACCAAAAUCACCAGAACCCGAAUCAGAAAUUCCGACCCGGAUCCAACCCGCAAACACCAAGCCUGUUUCAUUCUCCAACGGAGUACUCAAGCGUCACCACCCUCCACCACACUACCACCACCAACUCGCAAGCCCUACCGCCGUCACCGCCGCCGUGCCGGUUACCUAUAAGGAAUGCUUGAAGAAUCACGCCGCUAGUCUCGGUGGCCACGCGCUCGACGGCUGCGGCGAGUUCAUGCCGGCGCCAACUGCUACCGCCGGCGAUCCAACAUCCAUCAAGUGCGCCGCAUGCGGCUGCCACCGUAACUUCCACCGCCGCGAUCCCGACGAGCCACCACCACCUCUCUCUCCUGUAAUCGAGUACCAACCUCACCACCGCCAUCACCCUCCACCACCAGCUCCGCCACCUCCUCCGUUCCACCACCACCACCACCGGAGCCCUAACUCCGCCUCACCACCUCCGAUCUCCUCUUCCUACUACCCUUCCGCACCGCACAUGCUCCUCGCUUUGUCCUCGGGCGGCGGCCUCUCCGUUCCACCGGAAAACACCGCCUUACCAGCCUCCAACCACCACCACCACCACCAUCUAAGUUCCCGAAAACGGUUCAGAACGAAGUUCACGCAGGAACAGAAGGAGAAGAUGCACGUGUUCGCGGAACGCGUGGGUUGGAAGAUUCAGAAGCGAGACGAAGAUCUUAUCCAGGAAUUUUGCCAUGAAGUCGGUGUUGAUCGUGGCGUUCUCAAAGUUUGGAUGCACAAUAACAAGAACACGUUUGGGAAAAGAGAGAGAGAACAAGGUAAUAAUAAGAAUGUUCUAGAAGGUCCUGGAAUCAACGGUGCUGAUGACAACAACAACAACAACAAGAGCAAUGGUUUGAACGGUGGGAUGAUGAUGAUGAUGAACGGUGGUGAUGGUAGCGGUCAUGAUGAUGAUGGUAGCGCUGAUGCAAACGGUGCCGGUACUAAUGGCUCUUCCUCUUCUUCUUGAACUCUUUUUUCUUUUUUUUCUUUCGUUUUUAGGGUGAAAAAAAGAAACAAAACGAGAAUAAUAAUGUGUUUAGAUAUGAGGGUAAUUAAUUAAGAGGUGGUACUAGUUAUAAUUAUUAAUUAGCAGUGCUUUUUUGUUACUUUCUAA